AUGUCGUCGAGCUUGGCCAAGGCCCGCGAAGCCGCCAAGGCCGCGCAGACGCAGCGCUUUGGCCACUGCCACAGCGGCGAACUGCACUCGUGCCGCGAGCCGUAUGUCCUCGUCGAGCGGCGCUGUGUCGAGUCGGACCAGGUGCGCCAAGACGCCCACUUGAUGGCCGAGCUCAUCGACAGCUUUCUGAUGCGGCGCGCGUCGUCGGCGUUCUGCAACGGGUCGUGGGUCGAUCUCCUGCUCUUUGGCAACGACGACGGCAGCUCGCAGCAGAUUGUAGUCAGUGCAACGGAGCAGAUCGGCUACCUCCGCAACCAAGCCAACUGGAAGGAGAGCAGCGACGUGGUGUUUGUCGCGGCGUACAGCAAGGCGACGACGCAGCUCGCGGCGCAGAGCAGUACACGCUUCUUUCAAGACGACGGACAAGUCGCGUUGACAGUCCUUGACGCCAGCGCCCUCUGCUGGACCGUCUUGGAGCUGCACGAACACCUCUACAUCUACGCGUCGACCUUCUUUGGCGCGCUCGGCGUACUCUACCUCUACAGUCAGGUCCAGCAGAGCAAGUACCGCAAGCUGCUGUUUACCAAGAUGCUCCAAGCGGUGCACGGCGAACUCCGGCGUCUCGAGGAGAGCGACAACGUACUCGAUGGCGCCGUCGACGGCUUGCGCCGCGAGAUUCUAGAGCGCUUCUUUCCCCACGCCAGCGACUCGCGCGAGGCCACGCGUCUCUGGACGAGCAUCGCUGCACACGUCCAGCGGGAUGCACGCGUGCGCGAGCGCCACGUCAUGCACCGUGGCCAGCAAGUGCUCGUGUGGGAGUGGAUCGACGCCCGCCGGCAGACUGCAACCCGUGUGGAACCGCCUCUGGUCGCUGGCCAAGCCGUCAACUACAGUACGACGUCGUAUUGA